AUGGUCUCCGACAGGAAAAGACAGAAGGUUGAGGAAGCGCAAUAUACGCAAGGCCCCCUCGACGAUUCUUUUGGUCAGCAUCGUGCGUUCCCCCUCGAUGUGCUACCAGAAGAUGGUGACAGUGCGAAAGUGUUCCAGUACCUAAAGUCUGUGAGAGAGGAGGCAGAGGCCGAUCAACCCUUUUAUUAUGUGAGAAGAGAAGAGACGCAGAAGAUUGCACAGCCAACUGAAACAGAGUCAAUUGUCCCACUAGAGACGGUCGAUGAAAUCAUCAAGACGUUUGAGCAGGCGAAGACUGCCAGGGACGAGCGACUAAGGAAGGAAGACGAGGAGGCGGAUGAAAUGAGCUACGCAGUACCCGAGACGGCUGCCGAAUGGAGAAAGAAGUUGUUUACCGAAUCACCAGAUCCUGUAUUUCUAGAGUUUCUCGAACACACCACUAUUAUCAAACUCGUGGUGUAUUACACAAAGUGGCUUCUGAUGAGCAUGCCUGAGGAACUAGGCCAGUGGAUCUUCACGACAUUGCUUCGGCUUGAUCACGAGCUAGAUCACAAGGAAAUGGCCAUUGUGCGAGAUUUGGGCAAGAAGGCGCUCAAGAUCCGCGAGAAGUUGGCUGGUGCCGACGAUGCUUCCAAGACCUCACAACACAUUGUAGACAUGACAAUUGCAAUAGUGGGAGUUCACUUCAGACAACGAGACCUCCUCAGGCAGGAUGCAGCCAAUGAAGAAAAGGUCUCAGGAAGCUAG